GGGGAGGAGGGAGCUGCGUGUCUCUCCUGCAUCAGCGCCAACAUCACAGCCACGCCAGCUUUCGUCACCGGAAAACAACGACGAAGAGCCUCGCACAACAGAGGAAGAAAAAAAAUACCAUCAUCAUCAUCAGCAGCUCCUCCUCCUCCUCCUUCUCCUCCACCAGACGUGUGUCCACAGAUCAGGCCAAGACGGCAACAACAAAUAUCUCCCCCCCCCGUAAAGGAAAAUCUCCCACAGGCAUGACCUGAGGAGCAUCAUCGACAUGGGCAACCAGGAGGCAAAGCACAAGAAAGCUGCCGCGGCGUCGGGGAAUGGAAGCUACCCUUCACUGGAUGAAGGAUGGAGAGAGGGAGCAGGGGAGGUGACAAAAAAGGGAGGAAAGAAACUCCAUGGUAAGCAUGGAGGUAAAGGAGCAGGCAACAGUGGAGGAGGAGGAGGAGGAGGAGGGGUGCAUGGCUCAGGACCAGGCAAGAAGAAAAACAAACCAGAGUCCAAGUCGUCCGUCUUCUCCAUCCGCAAGAGGAAGAACAACCUGAAAGGAAAAGGAGACGCGUCAGUGACGGGCUCGAGGGAGGACGUCCUCACGUCCCAACAUGACGAACUGGACACAACAAAAACAUCGGAUCUGUCCGCGGACGAGCUUGGACACUCAGACACCGAGGCUGCUCUCCCUGAGAAGAAGAAGAAGAAGCAGCAGCAGCAGCAGCAGCAGCAGCAGCCGGGAGAUAAGGAUGGAGGUGGAGGUGGAGGAGGACAGGAGCCGAGACAGGAGGUGCAGAGGAAGACCUCAACAGCAGCCACCUCACCCAUGGAGGAGGGAGGACACAAAGGAGGCAGCUCGGGGUCAGACACGGACAUUUACAGCUUCCACUCGGCAGCCGACCACGAGGAUCUGCUCGCUGACAUCCAGCUGGCGAUCAGGCUGCAGCAUCAGCAGCAGGGGGCAAUGGUCUCACAGGGAGGGGGGGAGAAAGAUGUCAGCUGGGGGGGAGGAGGAGAGGAGAAGAGGAGGAAGAGCAAUGGAGUCAUCAAAGUUAAUCCUCUUGAGGUGCCCGACCUGAUUCAGGAGUUAGAGGUGGCGUCUGACGCCCUGUCAUUCCUUGAGACGGGAACUCUUUCAGACUCUGCACCUCCAACACAAUGCCCUCCCUUCUCCACAGAGGUGCAGGAGAGGAGGGAGGAGGUGGAAAAGGAGGAGGAGGAGGAGGAGGUGGAGGAGGCGGAGCAUCUGGAGCUAAACGGGCAGGGACAGAGUGAGAGAGAAGCCCCUCUUUGUGUCGCCACUGGCACAAAAGAGCAGCACACUCCGCUUCAGCAGCCCCCUCACAUAGCCGUCACCGUGGCUACAGUGGGAGGGGCAGCAGUCAGCCCAGUCGCCGUGACAACCAGUGGCAACAGCUUCCCCGAUCACACAUUGGCUGUUGCGGUGGAACACCCGGGGGAGGAACAGGAAGUAGAGCAGGAGGAGCAUGAGGAGCAUGAGGAGCAGGAGGAGCAGGAAGAGCAGGAGGAGCAGAAGUCAGUGGUGGAUGUGGAUUUCAGUCCUUCACCUGCUAAUAGCCGCCACACCAGCACCGAGGCCUCCAACGGGCUCGGGUCCAGAAUCCUCUAUGAGGAAGGUGAGGUUCACUUGGGGUUGGGUACGAGCGUGGAGUCCCUCGAGGACUGCCUAAGUGCUGGUUCUGACCACAACCACUCGGCAGCCAGCACCAGUGCCUCCCCCUCCACCCAGCAGUGCAGGAGGAGGAGCAGCAUCUGCUUCACACCACCGACUCCCCAGGAGAGUCCCACUCUGGCCAAAAGACUCCUCAGGUCCACCCAAUCCUCCACCUCCCCUGGCCCUGUGGUGAAACCCUACCCUCCCAUCUUCCCCUCCUACAUAAAGACCACCACCAGGCAGCUCAGCUCCCCCGGACACUCCCCCGCCCUGUCCCCAUCCCACAGCCCUGUGUCCCCGCGCAGAGUCCACCAUCACCUCCACAGGGCGAUGGCGGAGGGUCAGCAGGUCCGUCGGCAGCGCUCUCGGAGUCUGACCAGGCGCCUCAGCCGCUCGGCUGACUGGACAGAGGAGCAAGACAGGAGAUGGAGGAGCAAAGAGGACGACGGAGAAGGCUCCCGUGGUUCCGGAGAGUAUCUGGACACCUACACAGGUGGAGGCAGCCAGCCCUUAUGUGCCACCAGAAGAUCUUCCUGUGGACAGAUGUCCACUUGUGGCUUUCAGGAUGUCUUUACAGGGCGAACCCUGCUGGAGAAGCUGUUCCUGCAGCAGCAGCAGGAGGAGCCGGAGGAGGCAGAGAGGCUCUGCUCCAGGAUCUUGGCCAUGGGUCUCCUGCUGCCCUUCACCGACUGCUUCAGAGAGCAGCUGGGCGGCAGCACAGCCCACAUCUCCACCGCGCCAGCAACAAAGUUUGACCAUGACCAGUUGUAUACGUGGGCGGCCGUUAACCAGCCGUCACACUCGCUGGACCUGCUGGACCUGAAGCCUCUUGGACAGCUGAAGACCAAACCCGGUUCAGACUCCAGGACUGGACUCAAACCCGCAGACCCUGCAUUCGUUGAGGACAAUCAAGAGCACCAAGCACCCACCAUGCAACUACAGCAGCAGCAGCAGCAGGAGACCUCAGAGAGUUCAGAGGAGGAACGUGUCCAACUGUCAUCGAAGCUGAAGGAGAAACACGUGAACGUCAUCCAGCAGCUGGAGCAGACCAUCGAGGACCUCAGGACGAAGAUCGCAGAGCUGGAGCGACAGCCCCCUCUGCUGGACAUUACCAAACCCAGCACCUCCACCACAGAUAGGGAGUGUGGAGGGGAGGAGGGUCUGCUGAGGGUGGUGUGUGACGCCCACCUGCAGACGGAGGCUCAGCUUGCUGUGGGCGUCCUGGAGGCCAAGUCUGUGCAGACCUCGCCCAUGGACGACAGCUUUAAGUUCAAAGUGCCUUGUAGUGAAGCAGGUGGUGUAGACGGGUCUCAGCCUCCGCCCACUCAACAUGGCUUCCAGUGUUCGUGUCAGCAGCCACCGCCUCCUUCUGCGUCUCUGCCACCACCUCCAGGAGGAGCAGCAUCUCCUCAUCCGGGACAGUCUGUGGUACCUCCUCCACCUCCUCCACCUCCUCUACCACCUGGUUCAGCACUUCCUCCUCCACCUCCUCCUCUUCCUGGAGGUCUUAUCCCACCACCGCCACCACCUCCUCCUCCUCUCCCUGGUGGCACGGCUCCACCUCCACCACCACCACCUCCUCCUCCUCCUCUUCCUGGAGGCCUUGUCCCACCUCCUCCUCCACCUCUCCCUGGUGGCUUUGGCCCUCCUCCUCCUCCUCCAUUACCAGGACUUGGAGGCCCACCUCCUCCACCACCACCACCUCCUCCUCCAGGUUGUGGUCCUCCUCCUCCACCUCCUCCUCCAGGGGUCACCUUUGUUCCUCCAGCUCUUCCUGGUAAUUUGGGCUCGCUGCCUCCUCCUCUGCCGUUCGGGUUGUACACUCUGGGUUUGACUCAGGAGAAACCACCCAGGAAGGCAGUGGUGGAGCCGCCCAGACCCAUGAAGCCGCUCUACUGGACCCGGAUCCAGCUGAACACCAAAAAGGAGAUUUCUUCUUCUUCUUCGUUGGUGUGGGACACCAUCGAGGAACCUGACGUGGAUUUUGAGGAGUUUGUGGAGUUGUUCUCAAAAACUGCUGUAAAGGUGAAGAAGCAGCCGCUGUCCGACACCAUCACCAAGUCCAAGACAAAACAGGUCGUGAAGCUCCUGAACAACAAGCGCUCUCAGGCCGUGGGAAUCCUCAUGUCCUCGCUGCAUCUGGACAUGAAAGACAUCCAACACGCCAUCCUGAAUCUGGACAACAACGUCGUGGACCUGGAGACUCUUCAGGCUCUGUAUGAAAAUAGAGCCCAGCAGGAGGAGCUGGACAAGAUCGAGAAGCACAUCAAGUCGUCUAAAGACAAAGACAACACCAAACCUCUAGACAAACCUGAGCAGUUCCUCUUUCAGCUCUCGGUGAUCCCAAACUUCUCCAGCAGAGUUUUCUGCAUCCUCUUCCAGUCCAGUUUUUCCGAGUGCAUGUCCUCCAUCACCAGGAAACUGGACACGUUGCAGAGGGUUUGUCAGACCUUACAGGACAGUAAGACGGUGAAGACGGUACUGGGUCUGGUUCUGGCCUUCGGUAACUUCAUGAACGGUGGGAAUCGAACCAGAGGCCAAGCCGACGGCUUCAGCCUCGAUAUCCUGCCCAAACUGAAAGACGUCAAGAGCAGCGACAGCAUGAGAAGUCUUCUGUCUUACGUCGUUGCCUACUACCUCAGACACUUUGAUGAGGACGCCGGCAGGGAGACAUGUGUGUAUCCUCUCCCUGAGCCUCACGACUUGUUCCAGGCUUCACAGAUGAAGUUUGAAGACUUUCAUAAAGAUCUGACGCGACUCAGGAAGGACCUCAGAGCUUGUACGUCGGAGGUGGAAAAGGUUUGCAAUGUCUCAGAUGAGGAAAAUCUGCAGCCGUUCAAGGACAAGAUGGAGGAGUUCCUGUCACAAGCUAAAAGUGAACUGGAGACGCUGGACACUCAACUCAGCAGCACUCACAAACUGUUCCUCGAACUCUCCGUGUUCUUCUCAGUGAAGGCAAAGGCAGGAGAGAAGGAAGUGUCUCCAAACACCUUCUUCUGCCUGUGGCACGAGUUCUCCUCCGACUUCAAGGACCAGUGGAAGAAAGAGAACAAAACCAUUCUCAAGGAGAGGUUGAAGGCAGCAGAGGAGAGCUUCCGUCAGGCCAAGGAAAAAGCUUCCUACAGCGUCAAACCUAAACACGCCUCUGGCAUCAAAGCAAAGCUGGGCAUGAAGAUCUGAUACUUGUCGUGAUUAUUUUCCACUUGUGGACACCAGCAGCGAGUCAAAGACAACACGAGGACAGAAGAGACGCCAUGCAAACAUGAAGACCGUGUACCAUGUGUGGGCCGAGGCUUCUCUGGACAUCCUGUUUAAUAUUUAUUGAUUUGCAGAUGAUCAGUUUGUUUUCUUGUUGCCUUAUGUUGCUUUUCUCUCGAGCUGCAAACACAGUCCUGGUCCUGCUGAAGAGCUGUCAAGCUCCAGGAAUCAUGGGCAUCUUUAACAUUCAUUAUACAUGAGCUGGAAAACACACUGAGCUCACUGUCUGUGAGCUCAGAAGAACCUUCAGCAGAAUGUUCAAGUCAAACAAGAGGACCUUGACGUUUGAGGAGCACUUUUUCUCCUGAUUGUGAUCUCACAAAGUCACCACAAGCUCAGCAUGUCAUGUGACAUGACUCAGUAUUAUAUAUUAUUAUUAAUGUUGACUGUAACUUGAAUUUAAAUUGAAUUCCCUUAACCCUCGCCAUCAGUAUUCCUGGGUCACUUUAGAAACUCAAGCUUGUUGGUGUGGCUCUUAACUCAUUGUGAUUUUGGGGUUUCAGGAACAUCACAGUGGUUCCAUAUUAAACACUUUAACAAUUAUGCUAUGCUGCUUUUGUUUUGCUUACUCAGCAGCAUUUUUACUUUUCACAGCGGCCAUUUUCUGCCACUUUAUCUUCCUCAAAGGGGUUAUGGGGGCCGCUGGCUGGAGCCAAUCCCAGUUGACACAGGGCAAAUGGCGGGUCACACCCUGGACGGGUCACCAGUCAAUCACAGGGCCAACACACACAGACGAACAACCAUUCUCCCUCACAUUCACAACCACGCACAAAUGAGGAGAAUAUGCAAACUCCAUGCUGAAAGGCCCUCGGUCGGAAUUAGGCCAUGAACCUGGGUCUUCUUGAUGUAAGGCAACAGUGCUAGUCACUACACCUCCGUGUGGCCCAUGCUUCAGACAGCUUAAAUGUUGGUUGAAAAACUCAGAUCUACUUUCCGCUACCUAUUUCCGCGUCAGGUUUGAUAUGACAUGGUCCUCCUGUGAUUGACCAUAUCUCAAUCCGCCAUAAACUCUUUCAGUCUUGUGCUUCUAAUGAAGUUAAAGGUGGUCAUGACACUUGAAGUCACAGUGUUGAACUUUAUUGAAUGUCCUCACAUUGAUGUCUGAAGAUGUUUUAUACAAGUAAAUCUCAUGGACUUAUACUGAGACAAAAGCUACUGUAUGUAAGCUAACCUACUUUUUAUCCACUCACCUUAUAUCUUAAAGGCUAGGGUUGGGUUGCACCAAUUUGACAUACGUCUCUACUAAAUUCAGGAUUUAGUAAUCACUAAACCACUACUAGAGCCUUGCUAAUUGCAAGCUAGUUUGAAGCUGGAGUACUCAUUUUGGUUGCACCAGACAAUCUUGCGCAAUCCCGUAGCUAGCAAAUUCAAAGUGGUUACUAGUCGAAAUAUAGUGUGAAUGAAUAGUGAAUGGCUAACUUGCUAACUUUUAGCUAUCCUCUCUUAGUUUCAGUAGUGUGCACCUCUCUAGCUUGUCGUAAAAAAGUCCUGCAGGGUGAUCGCAGGUCAACCGGUUUGUUAGUCAAAGACAGGUAAGCCAGCCAGUCAUUCCAUAGAUUAUGUUUAGUACAGUAUUUUGAGGACUAAGAUUGGCAUCAGCUUCAAGGGUGAUAUUAGUGAAUAUCUGGCGGUGGUUUUUGUUGGUUUGAGAGAGUGAAUAUUUUUAACAUCAAAUACAUGGAGAUCUGGUUCAGUUUGUAACUGAUAAAUGAAUUAACAUUGAUAAACAGCACUUAACUACACUCAGUGACGGAGAUGUGCUCUGCCACCUGAACAACAUCCAUGAAUGAUGCAGUAAAUCUUUCAUGUCGUCACCUUGAUAUCUUAGCUUACACGUUAUGGACUCACGCACAUUAUCACACAGUUGCUUGGGACUCUAUUGUCCGAUAAAAGUGUUGGCAGAUAAUCAAACACGGGACACAUUUUAUGAGCAAGACAAUUCUGCAGACUUUCAGUGUAUUUUAAUCACAUGCCAUAUUGUACCAGAUAUACCAUAGGAAGCGUAUAUGUGUGUGUGUACAAUGACGGAUGUGUAUCUACAGAUUGAGUUAUGUUGAAGAAUCAACGACUUUAUUCAUGUAAAAUAAUAACUUGGAAAAAAUAAAAAUGACCUCGGGACA